UGUUUUGGGCAUUAAGCGAUGAGCGGUCACAUAGUUUGGUGUUUUACUAUAUUGUUUGCUUUAUGCAAAAAUAUUCACAAUCUAUUUUAAAUAAAUAAAGUGAAAUUUGUUGACCGAACGCUUUCCAAACUGUGACUUGAUACUUUGUGAUCUGUGAGUAGCGCAAGCAGCGUGGUGCACCGAGUAUGGAAGUACAGACAGUAGAGGUGAAUAGCCUGCAUUGCACCACAUCCGUGCUCUGCUCCCUCCAAGCAUCUGUUUCUGCAACAGCCUCUCCCAACGUUACGCCAAAGAAGAGAGUGGCUAAGGAUGCCGUCGCCGAGACCACUUUCUUCGAGGAGCUGAAUCAACAGCAAAAGCGGCAGGAGGACUUCAAUAGCCACAAUAGGGAUUGCGACAGUAUUGGGAGUUCCGCCUCGGAGUUCGAUAAGGAGUUGAAUGAGGAUAAGAUCUUGCUUGGCUCUCUAACAGGCAGCGGGAGUAUGGGAAAAUCAAACGGGUCGCUAAGUGGUGCUUCCUCAAACACCUCGGCCACGCUCGAAGCGAACACCAUCGAAGCUAGCACCACUAUUGGCUCUGUUUCAACGGCAUGCUUGGGUGUUGUACGCAACGUCGCCCAUAUUAAGAAGCGCAUCUCGAGCAGCCGAACUCCGACACGCAAGGCGCAUCGGAUUAAAUUCUACCGCAACGGUGAUCGCUUUUAUCCGGGCAUAACAAUUCCUGUCUCCAACGAACGAUAUCGAUCCUUCGAGAGUCUUUACGAAGACCUUACCCGGUUGCUAGAGGAGAAUGUGAAGAUACCAGGGGCAGUUCGCACCAUAUAUAGCAUGUGUGGGAAGAAGAUUACCGCCCUCGAUGAGUUGGAAGACGGUCAGAGCUACGUUUGUUCCUGCAAUAACGAGAAUUUUAAGAAGGUGGAAUAUAUCACUAGUUCCCAGCCUUUGUCUAAUCUGACGCUGGCCAACACUAGUCGCUCAAACAAUCAGCGGUUGCCUAAAUUUUAUCGACCAGCAUCUCCCCUUAAAAAUGGAUCACUCGCAAGCAAUGGGCCAGUUUCAGUCUAUGUUGGAGGAGUGACCAACGGGAGUCCGUUGAACACGUCCCGUUUCAGCGAGCUUGACACUGUGGUUCAUCCACGUAUCGUAACGCUAAUACGCAAUGGAACUAAACCACGACGCAUUAUGCGUUUGUUACUAAACAAGCGCAACAGUCCAAGCUUUGAACACGUCCUGACCGCCAUCACGCAAGUGGUUCACCUAGAUACAGGCUAUGUGAGAAAGGUAUUUACCCUUUCAGGAACUUCAGUGGUUCAACUCGCUGAUUUUUUUGGGCCGGAUGACGUUUUCUUUGCAUAUGGUACAGAGCGUAUCAACACAGCGGAGGAUUUUAAGCUUGAGGCGGAUGAGCAACGUGCUAUCAAUAUCAUACGCAAGACCCUACGGACUGUCGGGACCACCUGCGUGGGACCAAAGCCUAAGAUGCCUGUCAAGAGCAAAAAAGUUUAUAUUCCGAUGGUGGAUUCUGAGGCGUUUAAAGUGGCUCCCACGCUUAAAGACGAUGAACAGGCCUUACUUAAGAUCUCUGGCGUAGAGGUCGAUGAUUUGCCAGCCAAUAUUCGGGACCAUUACACACUGGGAGAAAUUAUCGGCGACGGCAACUUCGCCGUUGUGCUUAAGAUCAAAGACCGCCAAACAGGUGAUCCCUAUGCACUGAAAAUUAUAGAUAAAAGCAAGUGCAAGGGCAAGGAGCACUAUAUUGACGCCGAAGUUCGAGUCAUGAAAAAGCUGGAUCAUCCGCAUAUAAUAUCACUUAUAAUGGAUGUGGGCCAACAUACAAAUAUGUAUCUGGUACUGGAGUAUGUAAGUGGUGGCGAUCUAUUUGAUGCAAUUACCCAGGUGACGCGGUUCUCAGAAAGUCAGUCGCGAAUUAUGAUUAGGCAUUUGGGAUCCGCCAUGUCGUACCUACAUUCCAUGAGCAUUGUGCACAGAGACAUUAAGCCGGAGAACCUCUUAGUUGAACUAGACGAACAUGGAAACGUUCUUGAACUAAAGCUAGCUGAUUUUGGAUUAGCCUGUGAGGUAACCGAACCUCUAUAUGCUGUCUGUGGAACGCCCACUUAUGUGGCACCAGAGAUUUUAUUAGAAGUUGGAUAUGGGUUAAAGAUCGACGUUUGGGCCGCUGGUAUCAUUUUGUACAUAUUACUGUGCGGCUUCCCACCGUUUGUGGCGCUUGACAACCAACAAGAACCUCUCUUUGACUCGAUUAUAUCUGGAAUUUAUGAGUUUCCUGAUCCAUACUGGUCGGAUAUAGGCGACGGUGUGCGCGAUUUAAUCACCAAUAUGUUGCAGUCGGAUCCGGACGUUCGGUUUACAAGCGAAGACAUCCUUGAUCACUAUUGGACGAUGGGAAGUGAAAAGAACGAAUGCAAUGAUAAUAACAGAUGAAUCGUAGUCGUGUGUGGUGUUUAAAUAAACUCACUUCGAUUUUUUAGACGCGAGUACUUUUUGUAUUAUGUGUCCUAGAAAGCUAUUCUAUAGGCCUUAAUUUAUUUAUACGUAUAUCCACAAACAUUACAGAAUGAUAAUAGUGUAGCAAUAACCACAAACUAAACACGACUAUCAACCAAUACUGACGAAAGUUAAAAAAAAAAAACAUUUUUAAAAUUCCAAUAUUCACACUGUUUGCGGUGGUUUCCAUUAUAUUAUAUUAUUUUAAACUAUUUAUACGUGUACAUGCAAAAAUACAUUUAUUUUUUAUUUCG